UUGAAAUAAUCUUACAGAAAGUUCAUAAAAAUAAAAAUGGCAUCCCAUAUUGCUUUUUUAUUGUUAUUACUUCUGUAGGAAGUAAUCAAUUAUGUUCAUAUGGUAUUGCUAAGUAUAAGCUUUUUGAUCAGAUAUCACGUACUAUUAGAUGGAAGUAUUUCUUUCCUUCAAAUGCAAUCCCUCAAGUAUUCAAUCUUGAAGACAUUGUAUUUAUUUCUAAAUGUGUAACUAUUGCUUAUGCUAGCAUUAUUGAUACUGGAAAACCUGAUCGUGAAUUUGACAUAACUGGUGUUCCUAUAUGUACUCCUCAUUGCAUGAUUUCUGUUAGUGUUAAUCGUAAUCCAAAAAAAACUAAAGAAUUUAUUCAUUUUAAAGUGGAGUGUGUAGCAUAUAACUCUGUUACAGGAUCAGCUAAUAUUAAAAUGAAGAUGAUUGCUCUAUAUGCCUUGCAAUCUGUGAGAUUUAAACACUUAGACACAUCAGAACUUAACAUUAAAAUAGAAAAUAUCUAUCUUAUAUCAGAAUUCAUUAAAUUUUCAGAUUCAGAUAUUAUCACUAACGAUAUUGAAUCUGUUACACCUAAUAAUCAAUUUUCUACUAUUUAUGAUAAUAACACAGCUUCUAUGUCAGAUACAAAAGUUAGUUCAAUGCUUGAAAAAAAAAACUAUUUAGAUUUAGAUGAUGAAAAUAAUGAUAAAGAACUACAAAGUGAUCAUAAUGAGGAAAAAGCUAUGCUUUCUGAUGAACAUAUAAAGUCAUUAGAUGAAAAUGAGGAACAAGAAGUUGAAGAGCUAUCUAGAAAGAGAAAAUGA